UAGUAGUGUUUUGUACAGUGUUAUAACGGUCCACUUGCAAAGCAUUUUUAAAUAUUAUUUUACUGUUAAAAAUAAAUUCGCAUUGGAUUACUGUAGCUUAAAUAAUAUCAUAAAUCUUCUAAAAUUUUACUUGAAACUUCUUUGUUUUAGAUAGCCCUAUAUACCACGUGACUCCAUCACCACCAGCACCACACUACGCUUGUCAGAUGAGUUGCAUUUGGAGAUGCUGAGCUGGCACGGAAAGGAGAUCGUAACCAGCACUUCAAUCAUAAGAAACUCGACUAAAACUAGUAGAAGAAAAUGAUAUCGUUAGUUAUUCUCAUUGUGCUGUUAUCAUCAAAAGGAUCUUUAUCAUCAGAUCCUUUCAAGUAUCGGCCUGAAAUAUUCUUCGACAAUGGAGUACUACCAGAGAAUAUGGAAGUAAAAGUAUACAUAUUUCGUGAAGAAAUAAAGAGGAUCUUCGUAUUAAUAGAAAAAGAGCAGAGACCCAUGUUUUUGACAGUCACUCCUUGUUCAUCUCCAAUCGAAUGGAGGCUAUUUCUAAGAAGUUUUCCUGGAGAAGUAGCUAGAUCAGAAACAGAUGUAUUAAAUAACCACGUACCCAUUAAUCAUCCAUCUAUUUACUAUGGCCAGCAAAGACAAACUUACACGACUCUUCAAGCACCUUCGGGACUCUAUAUGCUAGAAAUAACUGCGAAAAUACGAGAUACCAGCGUUUUAAUAUAUUUAUCAACAAGUAACAUGACAAGUUUAUAUCCAAAAUUACCUAAUAAUCCAAAUUUGGAUGUUUUAAAAGUCAGAAGAAAUCGCAUUCUUUUAUCAUGGCUUCCGAGUCCUUCCGAAACUGAAGGCAAAAAAAUCGAAUAUUGUAUUUCUGUAAAUCCAAGGAUGAAUUACCCAACACUUUGUUCAUUAAAUUCUGAUUUGACGGGCGAUUAUCCAGCUCCUUUGCCACCAUCCACGGGUUUUGGUUUUUGGUGGGAGAAAAAUGCCAAAAAACGAUUGAUGACCCGAACUAAAGAGAUUAAAAAGAAUGUCGAUUUAAAAAAUGACAUUACAUAUACUUGCUUAGGAAGAAAAACAUGGCAUAUGGUACAAAAUCUAGAAGAAGGCCGUACUUACUACUUCGAUGUCUUUGCUGUGGAUCCUUUGACUAAUUUUAGUUCUUCUUACAUCGGCAUCAGUGCCGCUACAAAAAGUCUUCAUUCCGGUAAAUUGAGAGAGAAUAUGUUAAUCAUGGUAUAUUUAAACGAAUCUAAUGGUUACAGUGCAACUUUCGAGUAUGCAACAAUCAAUACGUUACAAGCGAUAUGGUGUUUCGUGCAAUCAUGUUUCGGACCGGGUCCCAUUAACGUUACACUAUCGACCGAUACUCAAAAAAUAUUUUCUGUAAAUGUUAUGGAUAUGCACACGAUAGUAGUACACGAUCUUCCGAAUAGCACUUUACAUCUGACACUUUCUUCGAAAAUUAAACAACCGAGAAGGGUACGUUUGUGGCUCAGCAGAAAGUAUCAUAAGUAUCCAUUUCCGACGAUGCCCAACGAUAAACGAGUACAACUUUUCGAUACAUUAACUACGUGCGAAUCUGUAACGUUAGCUUGGAAGACAACUAAUGACGAGAAAGUUCGAUAUUGUAUCUACGUACAGUCCGAUAAGAGUAAACAUUUUAAAUAUUUUGCAAAACCCGAAGAUAUAUGCAACAAACCAAUAGAUGGUAUCGUAAGUAAAGGAAAACAGAAAGUUUUGUGUAGAAGAUAUCACCGGUUUAGUAGAUAUCGUUUCAAUAAUGUUAUCCUACAAGAAAUUAAAGGUUUAGAACCUGCAACUACCUACGUAUUCGAAGUACAGGUGACUAAAUUUCGAGGAAAAACUCUUACGUACGAACAAGUGUGGGCUACAACUAGAAAAAACUGCACUAAUAAUUAUAGGUGAUUGACCAUUGAAAAUCUUUUACAGAUACAUUUUUUUUUUCUUUUGUUUCUAAAAUCUCAGGGAUUACCGUAUAUCAUUUAUAAUGGUAAACUGUUUUUCUAUCCGUAAACGUUCGACAUCUAGUCAAUGAUACUUUGUGCCAUUAAAUGCGGUUUUAAAGUACAAUAGAAUAUAAACUCGUAAUUACCGUAAUGCGGAAUUUGAUCCGCAAAUAAUCGGCUGUCACCAAUAAAAAAAAACAAUUUUAUUUGUAUUUAUAAAUGAAAAAUGAAUUUUAACUCUUUUAUUCCUAAUCCCUGAUAUGUAUGUUAGUUGUUACGAUUUAUGUACAGAAUCCCACGCUUGUAUUCUUUCUUUAGAUAAUAUUGUAUUAGCCAUUUGUGCUCAAACCGACUUCUU